ACACCUUUCAAAAAACACAUGUCUUAAAAUGCGGUUAUGUUAUACCGUAGAAAUGUGGUGAAUACCGAAUUCAAAUAGUAAAAAAGUUUGUAAAUUGUGUUAUUAGUGAAAAUACUUAAAACACAUACAGAAAAAAUGGAUUCAGGUGAAAAAGAUGAUCGUUUUUCUCAUCUUACAAAUGAUCCACGUUUUAAACGAAUUCCAAAAGCACGACGAAAAGUAAAAAUUGAUACAAGAUUUAAGUCUAUGUUUGAAGAUGAUAAAUUUAAAUAUAACUAUUCAGUUGAUAAACGUGGACGAGCUAUAAAAACUUCAACUAAAGAAGAUUUAAAACGAUUCUAUGAAUUGAGUUCUGGUGAAGAUUCGUCUGAUAAUGAAGAUAAUGAUGAAAAUAAUGAGUCAGGUCGAUUUGUUCGCGCACCGAAAUCUGAUUCAGAAGACGAAGCUAUUCCAGAAACGCUUAAAAAGAAACUUACAGACUUAAAUGUCGAUUAUGCUCGAGGUGAAGCCAAAUUACAAUCUGACAGCUCUUCAGAUGAAGAAUUAAGUGACUCUGAAGAUUCAGAAACAGAAAAUGUUGAACACAAUUGGGGUGAACUUGAUAAAGAUGCAGAAACAACAAAUGAAGCAACACGUCGAUUAGCCAUUUGUAAUAUGGAUUGGGAUCGUAUUCGAGCAAUCGAUUUAAUGGUUUUAUUAAAUUCAUUUCUACCAUCUGGUGGAUUAAUACAAUCAGUCUCAAUUUAUCCAUCAGAAUUUGGAUUGAAACGAAUGCAAGAAGAAGAGAAGCAUGGUCCAUUAGAAUUAGUUAAUCAUGAACCAAUAAACGAAGAUAAUCAUGACGACGAAGAAGAUGAAAUGGGUUCGAAUUAUCAUGUAGAAAAACUAAGGCAAUAUCAAUUGAACAGAUUGAAAUACUAUUAUGCUAUCGUUGAAUGUGAUACAGCUCAAACAGCGGACGUAUUAUAUAAAGAAUGUGACGGAUUGGAGUAUGAAUCCAGUGCAACAAAAUUAGAUCUUCGAUUUGUUCCAGAUGAUACUGUAUUUGAUCAUGAACCUAAAGAAACUUGCACUAAAAUGCCAGAUAUUAAUAAGUAUCAACCACGAUACUUUACCACAACUGCCUUACAACAAGCUAAAGUCGAAUUAACCUGGGAUGAAACCAAUCAUGAGCGUACAGAAAUUGCGCAAAAGUUAGCCUCUGGGAAAAUAGAUGAUAUUACAGAUGAUGUUUUACAAGAUUAUUUAGCAUCUAGUAGUGGUGAUGAAAAUGAAUCAGAUGUCCAAGAAAACGGCAUCGAAGAAGAUGAAGAAAAAAAACCUAAAUCAGAUAAUGAAAUAAUUGAUAAAUAUAAACAAUUGUUAGCAGAAUGUGAUAAAAAUGAAGAAAAUAAAAAUAGUAAAGAUGUUGAAAUGGAAAUUUCAUGGGGUGUAAAUUUACAGAAAAAAACCGAUGAAGUAAUGAAAAAUAAAAAGAAUCAAAAAGAUCCAUUAACGCCAUUUGAAAAGUAUUUAGAGAAACGAAAAGAAAAGCGUAAGGAAAAGAAAUCUGAACGUUUGAAAAAACUUAAAGAAAAUAACUCUGAUGAUGAUGAAUCAAAUAUCAGUGACGAUGAUUUGAUUGAUAAACCGAAAAAUAAACGAAGUAAUAAAUUUAAAACAAAAGAUGAGGAUGAAGAUGAUGCAAACGAUACGAAUACUGCUGAGCUUGAAUUGUUAUUAAUGGAUAAAAAUGGAGAAAAAGCUAGUUCUAAUUUGGAAAAUGGUAGCUCUAAAUCUAAGAAGAAGGCGAAAAAGAAUAAAAAUUUGAAACAAACGGAUGAUGAUUUUCAACUAAAUGUUAAUGAUAACCGAUUUGCAGCAUUAUUUGUAAAUCAUCAUUUUAAUAUUGAUCCAACUGAUCCCCACUUUAAGAAAACAGAUGCCACUCAAUCGCUUAUAAAUGAAAAAUUAAAAAGAAGAAGUGAUACUAAAGAUUCAGAUAUAAAUGGAAAGAAAAGAAAGAAAUAG